GUUGGACGCGGAGCUGCUGCUGUCGCUGACCUCGGUGCUGAACACGACGUCAGAUGAACCUGCGCUCACCACAGGAGACACGAUACAGCCUCACUCCCUCUUUGAUUUAUUGAAGCCACUCCAAACACCCACUUCUGCUUAACUUUGAGCUUUUAUGUUUUAUUUUUUCGAUUUAUCCCUCUCUCUCUUUCUCUCUCUCUCUCUCGCUCUCUCUCUCUCUCUCUCGCUCUCCUUUUUUUCUGUUAUUGUUGCGGGACACGGGUCCACCACCGCUCUACGACGCUGGCGUUUCAAUUUCACUCCUUUUUGUUUUCGUCGUGAUGGCACUUGGCGCGGCUACUGUACGGCAGGCAGGAGAUGAGUUGGUGGUGGAUGAAGGCGCGCAGCUCGUUUGAUUCCCCUUCUUUACGCGAAGGUGUUUUCGCCUCAGCGCUUUCAUUGUGAAAAUUAGGCUCGUUCUUUUUGGAUCGUCGCCUCCCUGGACUCCCGAUUUAUUAUAACUUCGUUUGUUGUUUUCCUUGUAGCCGCUGCAGUCGGCCAUCCUGCGCCGUAACAUGACGAUUAAGCAGUAAAAUAAUACCGAGAAAUAGGCCUUACAUAUAGAAACUGGAUAUGGAGUCAGUGAAGACGAGAGCCACGGCGGGGGUGAAGGAAUUUACGGGGAAGGCCCUGGGUCAUAUGCACAGGGUGAUGGAGAGGAGACAGAAAACCGGGGAGGUGAUCGAGUUAACGGAGGAUGGGCGGCCCCGGGAGGCCGCGGAGAAGAAACCCCCGCUGUGCGACUGCAAGUGCUGCGGUCUGCCCCGCCGGUACGUCAUCGCCAUCCUGAGCGGCCUGGGCUUCUGCAUCUCCUUCGGUAUCCGGUGUAACCUGGGCGUGGCCAUCGUGGGCAUGGUCAACAACAGCACCAUUCACCAGAACGGCAAGAUCAUCAUCAAAGAGAAAGCCAAAUUCAACUGGGAUCCAGAGACGGUGGGACUAAUUCACGGAUCUUUUUUCUGGGGCUACAUCGUGACACAAAUCCCGGGAGGAUACAUAUCCUCUAGGCUGGCAGCAAACAGGGUAUUUGGUGCAGCCAUUGUCCUGACCUCGACUCUCAACAUGUUCAUUCCCUCGGCAGCCCGAGUCCAUUAUGGGUGUGUCAUUUUUGUGAGGAUAUUACAAGGGCUGGUGGAGGGAGUGACCUACCCAGCCUGUCAUGGUAUCUGGAGUAAGUGGGCUCCUCCGCUGGAAAGGAGUCGUCUGGCUACAAUCUCAUUCUGUGGCUCUUACGCUGGUGCUGUGAUAGCGAUGCCUCUGGCUGGGAUCUUGGUUCAGUACUCAGGCUGGUCCUCAGUCUUCUACGUCUAUGGAUGCGUCGGCAUCUUCUGGUAUAUGUUCUGGAUCCUUGUGUCUUAUGAGAGCCCUGCUGAACAUCCUACCAUCACUCAUGAGGAACGCUGCUACAUUGAGGAAAGCAUUGGAGAGAGUGCCAAGCUAAUGGGUCCUUCCGAGAAAUACAAGACUCCCUGGAAAAAGUUCUUCACCUCUAUGCCUGUCUAUGCAAUCAUCGUGGCCAACUUCUGCAGGAGCUGGACCUUCUACCUGCUGCUGAUUAGCCAGCCUGCAUACUUUGAGGAAGUGUUUGGAUUUGAGAUAAGCAAGGUUGGCAUACUGUCUGCCCUGCCCCAUUUGGUGAUGACCAUCAUUGUGCCCAUUGGCGGCCAGCUGGCCGACUACCUACGCAGCAACAACAUUAUGACAACUACCACUGUCAGGAAAAUCAUGAACUGUGGAGGAUUUGGCAUGGAGGCCACAUUGCUGCUGGUGGUAGGAUAUUCCCACAGCAAAGGGAUGGCCAUCUCCUUCCUGGUGCUGGCAGUGGGCUUCAGUGGAUUUGCUAUAUCAGGCUUUAAUGUCAAUCACCUGGAUAUUGCUCCACGCUAUGCCAGUAUCCUAAUGGGCAUCUCUAAUGGUGUGGGUACCCUGUCUGGGAUGGUGUGCCCACUGAUUGUUGGUACUAUGACAAAGAACAAGACUCGAGAGGAGUGGCAGUCUGUGUUCCUGAUCGCCUCCAUGGUGCAUUAUGGAGGUGUGAUCUUCUAUGGGCUCUUUGCAUCGGGAGAAAAACAGCCAUGGGCUGACCCAGAACUGACCAGCGAGGAGAAGUGUGGCUUCAUUGACGAGGAUGAGUUGGCAGAGGAGACGGGCGACAUCACUCAAAAUUAUGGUGCCUUAGGAGGUCCGGCUAAGUCUUAUGGUGCAACCACACAGGUGAACGGAGGCUGGGCUUCAGGCUGGGAGAAGACGGAGGAGUAUGUCCAGGAAGAAGCACAGGGAGCAGGCUAUGGAUACAGGCAGGAUGAGGGAUACUCCUAGACCAAACACACAUCACAGAAACAUGAGUAGACUUAUUUUCCUGAGUGUGCAUCAGUUAAGUCAUAAAAAAUAUCAAACAACAAAUGAGAAACAAGAAAAAGUACAAUCCAUUGUUGUAUUGUUUGCACAAAUCCUAAAAAUAAAUCUAAAAAAGUGUCAACUUAAUGUAACUAUUACGAAAAUGUAUAAAAAAUUUAAAGAUAUUCGAUUAAUAGAGGUGUAACUCAUAUCAAAUUGGCAGUCUGUAAAUGUCUUAUUAUGCAUAUUGAUAAUAGAUAUAUUUAUUUGGAGUGCAAUUGUGUAUAAAUGUGAACAUUUUCAUCCCAUCAGCUGAGGCUUCCUGACUACACUGAAGCCUGUAGGGUUACAUAGAAGCUGCCCAUCAGAAUCGACCCCCUAUUUAUCAAAGUUACAGUACAAUGUCCUACAAGCCAGCCAUUACAGUGUAUAGAUGUCAAUGCACAGCAUUGUAAACAGAAACUAGACACUCUGUUGAUAUAGAUUGUACUGUAUCUCUCCUGAAUGCACUCAGAGUAGUGUGUCCUUUUAAUGCACAAUAUGAUGACUUUUGUUCUCUUGUCACCGGCUUCUGUGUGUGUAAAAGUUCUUCACAUGUUAAGUGACCUGGUGUUGAGAUUUGACGAGUGAUAUAUUGACUUGUGGUGACUGUUUGGUUACACUUGCAUAAAAGGUAAAAAUGUCAGUCAAAUGUUUGCUACACGUGAUCCAUUUUGUAACUCAGUACCUCGUUUAAUUUUAGCCUUUGCAAGCCGUCACAUCUUAGCAGUGUAGUGCAGGACUCAAGUCAUUUUCAUUAUUAUAAUCACCAUUACUGAAAGUCUAGUUGUACCAAUGCUUUGCUGAAAGAUCUGUCUUAAAUAAAACAUAUAUCUAUGACAGAGAUAACUAGAGAGUAAAUAUGUAGCAGAGUUUAUAGAUUCAAUUUAGACAUUGUUAGAUCAAGAGAUUAAUGGUUGUUCACAACCUUAUAGGAUUUGUGCAAUGUAAAGACUUGACUGAAAUUACAGAAUAGCCUAAAUCAGUAUGAGAGUCUUACUCUAUUAGAGCAGCAAACCUAAUAAUUAAUGAGGGGGGGGAUAUCAAAGAGAUGAGAGAGUAAAUUCUCUAAAACAUAAGAUAUUUAUGACAUAAAGUAAACAACAAUCAAAAUUUUUAUGUAUUAUUUAUUAAGAGUUUUAACACUCAAAACAUUCAUCUGCUUCAUCCUGACUGUGUGAGCGUGAUUUGAUCAGCCAACAGUGGUUUGACCAACAGUUACCAAACAACUGUCAUCAGAUUCUGAUUCCAGUGUUGCUAAGCUCUGAUUGGUGCAUAGAAAUAAGUAAUAUCCCCUUUUUGUAGCUGAGCCCCACUCACUUAAAAACAGCGACAAGAAAAAUAAAAAUACAAGAAUCUGUUGUGUCAAAUAAUCAAAACGGUUCUAACUUUCGCUGAAAUUUGAGUAUUCAUGUGUCAUCCCAUCAGAAUCUUAUUGAGAAAAUAUGUUUUCAGAGAGUUUAAAUGUCAAAAGACAUUAUAGAGGUUGUAGUGAACAUUCCUGAACAAGUAUUUGGAUGUUUACGUAUAUCUAUACUUUGCAUAAAGCUCACCAAAACAGGAGAUUUCUCUUUACAGUUAUAGAGACAAUAUAGCAGCAGGGCAAUCACAAAGGUGGCAAUUUGGAUAAACUGCCAAUAGUCCAUUUCCAUUACAGAAUGGAGGUGCGAUUAGACGUUUUAUGAAUUAAUGCAUAAUGUAAUGACCUGUCUUUUCCUACAGAAGCCUGGUAAUGAAAAGUGUUUUAGGCUCCUGAAUAGAAAGAAUGAGCAAACACAAACAAGCCUCCAGCAUCUGUUUUGUCCUCAUGUCCUCAUGUGCACUUACACUGACAAGGUCUGAAGGGAGGCAAUUUUGUUUAAUUUGUCACUUGUCUGUGGAGACCUUAAGUCAGCACUUCACAAUAUAGAUGUGUGUGGAUGUGUAUUUAUGCAUGGAACAACGUGAAAUUUGUAGUAUGUCUUUUUUGUUUUUUGUUUCCUUUUUUUUCAGAACUUAUUUGUCUUUGUCUCAGAAACUGUUACUGAUGCUUCAAUUUCUUUGCACAAUUAACCAAAAGUGAAGAGCAGAGCUGGGAUUUAGCUGGAACUCAAACAUUUUUAAAGGAGAACAGACCAUUAGCAGCAAGGUUCCAGCAUAUGGACCCCCAAGUGUGCAGGUGGCACCAAACAUUACUCAGUGUACAAAGCAAUAAAUCCAUAGUAACAGUUCUGGUCAAAAGUCAUGAACAGUCAUUAUGUAACUGUUUUUAUGCAUUUGUUUAAAAGUCGUGUUUUUUGUGAUAACAAAUGUAGAAAAUAAACACUUGUAAAGAAAAAAAUAUAGAAAUAUAUGUAUGAAAAUAUAGUAAUAGAGUCCAGCACAAACGUCUUUGAACACAAGAAAGUGCAAGGAGUUUGUGACGGGGCUGCUCACCAGAUGAGAAUGAUAAAACGAGCUCUGUCUGAGAAGCAGACGCUCAUCUUCUUCAUGUUUCUGUUUUUGUUUUGAUGUGGUCCACAUGGACUGUGUGCUGUUGUUUCUUCCCUCUCCCUCUCUCUGUCUCUCUUUCCUCAGUUUUUUGUUUGAUAAAUGUUCUUCAUUCAGUGGCUGGACCCCCGUAACCACAUGUACCUCCUUCUUUCCCCUUACAAACAUGAUUUCAUUGUUACAAUAUUCAUUGACAUUAUGGAUAAAACCUAAACAGGCGAUUCUACAUUUUCAAAAAUGACAAAUGUGCAACCUGAAGUAGUUAAAAGUUUCCUGUUUUGUGCCUCUGAAGUUACAGUGUGAUUCUAUGGCUUCUGUUGCUGUGUAAAUUUAGAGGUUUGUUGAUGUCAAAAUGAAAUACUCUAUAUCCUUUUUUGAUAAAAAAAAAAAGCAAACAAA